AUGUCAACAUCUCAAACAUUAAACGCUACAAUUGAUAGGCAUGAGGACCAUGCUUGGAUUUCUGUGUUUAGCAAGCUUUUUGAUAGUGAAUAUACCACUUUACAUCAAUUGGCAGGGUGGUUUGACAUCGAAGACUCAGCGAUAUGGGAAAAAUACAUAUUGGAUAUCGUACAAGGAUACGUCAAAGAAGGUAGCAGUAUUUUUGAAGCAGGAUGCGGUUGUGGGGCAGUGCUUAAUCCCAUACAAAAGAAUUUUAAAAAUAUUACUAUUGGAGGAGUGGAUGGGUCAGAGAGGGCCAUCCAACAUUUACUACAACAUGUGGCAAUAAACACAAAAAAGGAAAAUUUUUUGGUGGGUUUUAUUCCAGACGAGUUGUUGACUAUAAAGUCUGAACAAUACGAUGUCACUAUUUCACAUAGCGUUUUCCAGUACAUGUCAAAAGAAAAUGCGCUUCUAUCUGUUGAUGAGAUGUUACGUAUUACCAAGCCUGGAGGUGUGGUUAUCAUUGGUGACAUAUGUGAUGAGGAGUAUAAAGAAGAAACAGAAGCUAUCAUGAAGCAACAUUGGGGAGAAGAUUAUCAAUCGAAACUCCCAACAUAUUUAUACCUACCGAAAAGUUUGUGGAAACGCUAUGAGAAUAAGUGCAAGGUGCUAGUUCGCAAUUCAUUAGUGGAAGAAUAUUGGCGUAGAGAAUCUCGGUAUAUCGUCUAUUUACGCAAAAGAAAUCAAGAUUAA